GGCUCGAGCUUCGAGAUCGAGAUCGAGACCGAGACCGAGACCGAGACCGAGACCGAAGCAACGAGAGGAGCGGAGGAAACGCGGGGCUCCACCACCGACCGGUCUCCGCGCCGUCAAGGGUGCAAGGAGGACGAUCAGAAUGUCGCGAUACCUGGGAACGAGCGCGGCGUACGAGGGUGCCGCGUCCCGCGACUCCGAGGCUAGCCGAGGAUAAACACAGAAAACCCCACUCUCUAACCGAUCGUUUCCCACCGACAGAUCCGGAAGUGUGACUUUCGAUUCGUGGGAUGUCGCGGAGUGACCACGGAACCCGUCGAUCGCGGAGCAUGGAGCCGCGCGACAAUGUUUGACUCCGCGGCGACGAUCGUAGUGUCAGUGCCAGUAGACGCGAGAAGAGGUUCGCGGGAGCCGGCAGUAUUUUUCACUCCAAAGACGAGGACCAAACGCGCAACCAAAUAACUCUAGGACAACGGGGGAAUAUUCGCGGAUCCAAGAAAGCCAGGGAGGAGGAGACCGCCGGGGCCGCGGAGACGCGAGCCAAGAAAGACAAGGCCGGAGGAACACGGAGGAAGGAAAAUCGCACGGUCGGUCGACGAACCGUUCGAUCGUCAUCUAGGAUAUUGUGUCCCGGGGUAGUUUUCGGAGCAACCCCUCGAAGCGGCGAAACUGGAAGCUCUCGAAUCGUGUACGGAACGUCAAAGCAGAAGCGCCGGUGCCCGGGGCGAGGAGGAGUCCUCGACGCGUGCCAGGCUGCUGAUCACAGGCACCGCGCCGGAGACGAGAGACGAGAGACGAAGCGUAGGAGAGAGGGAUUCGGAAAAAAACCGUACAGAAACACAGAGAGAAAGAAAGAGAGCUACGCGCCGAGAGAGGCACCGUCUCUCGAGCGAGGGGUCCUUCCGUUCGGGUGCUAGGGGUGUGCAGCCCUGGACGAGGGGUCGCACUCGACUCUUUUAAAGUGGGCAAACCGCGCAAAGAAUAAGCGAGACGUCCUCGGGGCGAUGACAGGAUGCCUCCUUCUCGAUCAGGACGUGUCUACGAAGGACCGCCGUCUAGGAUCGCGACUAGAAUCGGACCCACCAUCGCCCUGUUGCUCAUCCUUCUCGAGAAUCGUCGCGCGACCUGUUUAAUGAGCAACUCCGUGGACGAUUGGGUGAGCGGGAAUGCCGUGGUCUGCAACGGUAUUCCUGGCCUGACAAAGGAGCAACGCGAGCUAUGCCACAGAAAUCCGGACGUGACGGUGGCCGCGAUCAAAGGUUUGCAGAUGGCUAUAUCCGAGUGCCAGCACCAGUUCAUGUGGCACAGGUGGAACUGCUCGUCCCUGACGCCCAGCAGCAGGACCCAGCAAAGCAGCGUUCUCCUGCAGAGAGGUUACAGGGAGACCGCGUUCGCUUUCGCGAUUUCGGCGGCGGGGGUGGCGCACAGCGUGGCCCGAGCGUGCAGCAUGGGCGGGCUGCUCUCCUGCGGAUGCGACCCGUCGAGCUACAAGGGUAAGCCGCCUGCCAAGGCCAGGGGCACCCAAUGGAAGUGGGGCGGUUGCUCUCACAACCUCGACUACGGCAUGGAGUUCUCGAGACAGUUCCUAGACACGCGCGAGAGGGCCGGGGACAUACAGUCGACGGUCAAUCUCCACAACAAUCAAGCCGGCCGUUUGGCGGUGGCGAGCAACAUGCAGGUGCGCUGCAAGUGCCACGGUAUGUCGGGUUCCUGCGAGCUCAAGACCUGCUGGAAGGUGGCGCCGGACUUCCGGUUGGUCGGGAAGACGCUGAAGGACCGUUUCCGGAACGCCGUGCUGGUCGCGCAGAGCAACCUGGGCAGCGUGACUCCGUUGACCAGAGUCAGGGGGUCCAGAAGAAGGAGGCCCGACAGACAGAGGCAGAGGAAGCACCGGGGCGGCGGCGGCGGCGGCGGCGGCGCCGGCGGAAACGGCCGCAAGAGGAGGCCCAGGGACCUGGCCAAGCAGUUGUUCUACUACCAAAAAUCGCCAAACUUCUGCGAGAAGGAGCCCACGGCGGACAUACCCGGCACCGCGGGUCGCAAGUGCAACAAGACCAGCAACGGCGGCGACGGAUGCGGCAGCCUGUGCUGCGGACGCGGCUACAACGUCGUCAGGCAACGCCGCGUCGAGCUCUGCAGAUGCAAGUUCCAAUGGUGCUGCGUCGUGCGAUGCCAGAACUGCACCGUCGAGGAAUGGAUCACCGUCUGCAAGUGAACCGAAAGAUUAGUUUCGUUUCUAAAUAGGGACGACGCGUAACCCGAAACGAGGAUAACGGCGGCACCGUUUUGUCGCGGGUGUAGUGCAUUCGAUCACGGACGAUACAUCGAUAUUCGAUUCAUCGGGUCUGUUCGAUCGGCCGAGAUACGCUCGGCAUCGGGACUAAAUCGGAUCGACGACGAACGGCGACGCGAGCAACAAGAAACUCGAGUGGGGCACGCCGGUGCGGCGAGAGACGACACCGGACGUAAUUCUUGUUUACCGCGCGGGUAAUAUAAUUUAAUCCGUAGGAUAAGCGAACCUAUAAUUUAUUUAUAACGUUGCUCUAUUUAAUUAGCGAAUAAUUUGAAUAUCCACACCAACUGUAACACCUCCGCCACAGUAUUAUUAGACGAAGCAGAGUGCGCAAGUCUCGAGAUUGCGAAUGGAUGCGAUCGAUUGUAUACAAUUCAAUAAUGCGCGUACAAUAAAGAGUUCCUUCGACCGACAACAA